AUGUACAGAACCCCUGAUUCCUUUUAUCAAGAUUCCAACGAAGACUCCUGCUCCGCAAGUGCUCAGUCGUCCGUAAAUCCCAGUCAGUACACUACAGUCACCUGGAGUCGCCAUGAUCCACGUGCGUACCCAACAAUGAGUGAACCAACUCAAUCGUCGAUAACUUACGAUGAAAGGGCACCUUACAUGACAAAUCGCCAGACUUGCGUGGACGCCGAAUUUGGUGGAUAUGACCGUGUGUCGAAGAGCGCCCCAGAUUCUUUGCACUACCCUACUUACCCUGCGCAUGUAGCUGGGUAUAUUCAUUAUUCCUCUCCUGGUGAUACGCUCCCUGGCUCGGACAAAGGACUCCCUGAGGGUUCAACGCCUUCUCCCCAAUUCCGGAGUUGA